AACUUUGAAAAUGAUUGAAUUAUUAAUGUCACGUGUGACUUUUGACUUUAAAGAUUUGUGACGUGAGAAAAACAUCCUUAGUCUGUGGAAAAGGGUGAGUGAACUGCCUCAUUGUUAUUUAUUGCAUUUUGACUCUAAUAAUACAUUAAUUAGCCGAUUUACUACUGUACCAGACAGUGAGUGCAAUAACAUACAUUACGAGUCGUGACAGCCAUGCCGAUGUGAGUAAUCCCGAAGGUGUGGCGCGGUGCUCGGGCGUUGUUUUAGUGGAGAUUCUUUUCGAGUGACGUUCGUGUGUUACGAAAAAUAUUGUUCCUAUCCCGUCGCAAGAUGACCGAGUACAAGUUAGUGGUGGUAGGGGCCGGUGGCGUCGGCAAAUCGGCAUUGACUAUACAGCUCAUACAGAAUCAUUUCGUGGACGAAUACGAUCCUACGAUCGAGGAUUCGUAUAGGAAGCAGGUGGUGAUAGACGGUGAGACCUGUCUCCUCGAUAUCCUGGACACGGCUGGCCAGGAGGAGUACUCCGCGAUGAGAGACCAGUACAUGCGGACGGGGGAGGGCUUCCUCCUCGUGUUUGCAGUGAACAGUGCCAAGAGUUUCGAAGACAUCAGCUCCUACCGGGAGCAGAUAAAGAGGGUGAAGGACGCUGAGGAGGUGCCCAUGGUGCUUGUUGGCAACAAGUGCGACUUGCAGGCCUGGGCAGUGGAUAUGACAGCGGCUAGAGAAGUGGCGCGAAGCUACGGGGUGCCAUUCGUUGAGACGUCAGCGAAGACCCGCAUGGGGGUCGACGAUGCCUUCUACACGCUGGUCAGAGAGAUACGCAAAGACAAGGAGAGUCGGGGCAAACGGUAUAGGAGAGGGAAGAAACUCGGCUCCCAACGUACAUUUAAGUGCACGCUUAUAUAAGUUAAGCUAGCAAAUACUAAGGUGACUAAAAAUUAAGCACAUCUUAAUUAAUUCACUUUAGGUACAUAUAAAUGAUAUAAAACUUUUUUUUAUAAAAGUCUUUAUUGCACAAUAAAUAUACAAUGACAUAAGAAAACACAAAAGAAAAAUAAAAUGCACAAAGACAGUCUUAUUGCUAAAACCAAUCACCUGACAACCUUCAAUAAAAUAUUUAUUCAGCUAGCAGAUCCACAGUUUUACCCUCAAAUUUCCAGUUCUGUGGGGAUACAGGAAUAAAAUAAAGCCUAUGUGACUAAUAAUGUUGAUUUCCAGCUGUGAAAGAAUUUUGUAAAGAUUAGCGCUUGAGGCGUGAAAUAUUGUCUAGUAUAAUUCAAACAUACAACUAGUCCUUAAUUUCGAUAUGCAAGCACAAAAAACUACGUAUCACUACGUAAACUUAAUAAACAUCUAAGUGAAUAAGACUUUAACAGGACUAGAUUUUUAGGGUUCCCUCACACGGGCCAUCGGCCACAACCACAAAACGCCGCUUCCGGCAUAUUUCCUGUAGUUUUCAUACAUUUUAUAUGGACUCGCCGCACACGGUUGACGCCGGUGGCCGCCACACGCUACAAUCGUCGCUGCUCGUUUCUUGUGGCCCGCACCGGCCACAAAACGCCGCCACAUGCCACUCGCGCGAUUAUGAUACUGCAUGUAUGGGUUAAAAAGUAGCAGCCACCGACCACAAGUGGCUGUCGCGCGCUUCAGCUACUUUAGUAGCCCCUUGCUUCUUGUAGCGACGUUUGUGGCUGUCGCGUAUAUUUUUUCUUUAUUUUUUAUUCUCUACAAGUUAGCCCCUGACUACAAUUACACCUGAUGGUAAGUGAUGAUGCAAUCUAAGAUGGAAGCGGGCUAACUUGUUAGGAGUCAGGAGGAUGAAAAUCCACACCCCUUUUGGUUUCUACACGACAUCGCACCGGAACGGUAAAUCGCUUGGCGGUACGUCUUUGCCGAUGUAUGUUUGCUUUGUAUGGAACGUGUGCGGCGACACUUAUAUUAUGCUUGGGUAAUAUGCACCUGUUUUUGGAAUCACUUGUGCUCUUAUUUCAUUUUUGAGAAUGAUAUCACUACGGCUAUGUUGUGUGGUUUAGUUGAGACGAUAAUUCUUUUUGUCAAUUCUUGGAUAGUACCAGUUUGUUAAGGUGUGCUUAAGUUUUAUGUGUUUAUGUUUGGGGGAAUGUUUUAUUGAACAUCAGAUUAUAUUUCAACUACAGGAGCUGUAUAGCUCAUAAAGUUGUUGCAGACCGACACUAGUACAUAAACUGUAGGCUCAAGAAAUAUGAAGCCAAAAAGACAUUUUGUCCACCAAUAGCAAAAGCAUCAAAAAUAUCACUCUCUUAUUUGUCCCAUUACAAGGAAAUAUAUGAGUGUUCAACUUCUUUCGUUUAGGCUGCUAUUGGUUGACUAAAUGUAUUUUUCUCUUCAAAUACUACAUCUUAUAGGCUAUACAGACUACUUUAGUAUUUUAGUCGAGUACAAACAAUAUUUGGAUUUACUGUCCAAAAAUUGUUUGUACUAAACUAAAAUACUAAAGUUAUCCGAACUAGCCUUUAGUCCUACUGGGAAGAUUAAUAAAGUUUUAACAGUGUUUGGAUCUCUUGCAGUAUAUGUGGCAGUAUGCAAUGAUCUUUUGACAUAACUUAAUACGCAAGAGGUAUUAUUUAGCACUGUCCUUGAGUUAAAAAGAAUAAUUUAUAUCAUUUUACACUAGAUCUAUCUCCCUUAAUUAAAUCAUAAAUAACCUGUAUAAAAGAAGCCUUACUUACAAACUAAGGCAGUUAAGGCAGUUUUGCCAUAUCUUCUAAAUAUGAUCAAUAUUCCCAUUCCCCUCCAACUAGUCGCGAAAAACUGUGUUAGGAGUGGGUACGACAAUAGACCAACGGGGCGGGGAUUGAACCACCACCCCGCUGUGAUGAGUCCAACCGCUCUUACCGUUAAGCUAUUGAGGUUCAAUUAAACUAAGUAUAUCACUUUUACACACUUGCAUAAAAUUUACACCAAAUAAUGAUUGAAUGUAAUGCCUGUUUUUAUUCAAUACAAUAUUUAAUUUCACAAAAUAUUUAGAAACCUGAAAAUCUGAAAUUGGGGGAUUUUGAGAUCUUUAUUUUUAUUAAAACCACCUUGGUAGUUCAAUGUGAACUGGUGGGUUGUCAAUCCACAUUAAUUUCAAGCGCAGUAGCUAAAUAUUACCAAUUUGUGGUUUCUUCUUAUGAAUCAUUAUUACAAUUUCAUAAAUUGUUAACAUUAAAUUUAAAAUAUGGUUAAAAGUCACUUGAUUAUUGUCGUUAAUCGGAGUACCGACUAGUUACUAGGGCCGCCCCCCUCACAACGCGCGUUCCACGAAUAUGCUCAUGACUAAGUGCCUCGUAUGUAUUCGAAACUGGUCAGGCCAUUACAGUAAUCACGUGAUUUUCAGCCAUUUACAUUCAAUAUUAUGAAUAACACUCACGAUAGCUUAAAUUCUAAUUCUAAAAAAGUUAUUGGAUCAUUAUUACUAAUUAUUAUGACUUUUACAUCACAAUAACUAAAUAUUGAUAAUAAUUACAAAAAGAAUUUUACAUAAUAGUCUUAAUUGUUAUUAUAAAUUUAAAUUACUUACUUUAUAAAUGAAAGCAAUGCUUAUUACUACCUUUAAAAUCUUUAUAAAUAUAACUAGGGCAACGACGAUUAUUAAUAAUUGUUAAAGAAUUAAAGCCACUCAUUCAUUUGGCAAUCAUUUGAUUUAAAACUUCUGCAACUUGAAAUGGAUUUCUAACUUAACAAUGUUGGAAAAGGAUCUACUUUUUGAAUGAAAUUUGUUAAUUAAAUAAGAACCGAAUACUUUUUUCCAACUCCAGAUUACUGUUAUAAGUUACCAUAGUCAAAGUCUCUUUAUCCUAAACAAAUUGUAAAGGAUUUGUUCUAAAAAAUUUUAAUCAAAUCAAAUUGAGAACCUCAUCCUUUUUGAAGUUGGUUAAAAAUAAAUUAUAAUGCGUAAAUCCUUAAAAUGAAUCUUCGUUACGCCCAUAAUUAAAUUAAAAUAAAAUAUUAUUGGGCAUAUCAAUUAUUCAAUGAACCUCUAAGUCUGUCGAGUAAGGAUCAUGGUACAGUAAAGAUGCUUAACAUGUAUCAAUAUUUCAAUGUGCAAUAUUUGGACAACAAAGAUCAUGGGAACCCCAUCAGAACGGAUAACAUUAAAUUGAUAGGUUAUAUGAGCUAUUGGCUAAAAAGUGGUUUAUGGCGCAUUAAAAUUAAUCUAUUACCCUAAUAUAUUCUAGUUUGUAGGACUAUCACCUUUGAUGAUAGUGUUGUGAACUCAUUUGUUGCCCAGUGAAUGUGUGGCUUAAAUCUCCAACAAUGACGACAAUUCUAAAUAAUAUUAAGGAAACUCACUGCUUGAAUAAUUUAAAUUACAAUGGAGCUUAUGUUUAAAAAAUAUCCCAGGUCUUGUGAGCCGGGUUAAACCUACACCCGGUUCAAAUGUCCCAGGGUCUAUUUCUUUGUCAUACUUAUCCAAUGGACAUGGCACCUACACAAUGAAUCCAUGGAAUGCUACGAUAUUCCAAUUAAUGUUUAAACAUCUUUAUUGUAAUUUAAAUUAUUCUCAAAUCGUCUACGCCCCAAAAUAAUAAAUGAUAAUAUUAAUCAUAGUUCUUUCUCUAUGUAUAAAGUUUGACAGAAUUAUUUUCGCAUAUUUUUAUACUAAAUUAAAAUGUGGGUACUUUCAAAUUAUUAGACUUAAGCUUCUGCUAUUUACUGGAUUAUAGCUAGAUAGCAAUAUAUCAAUUCUAGGGCUGUUGAAUACUUUUAAUUAAUGUGUAUUAUGAUAAAAUUGUGGCUAUAACGGACCAUAGGCCAAAUGAUCUGACAACAGUUUCAGUCAAAUGUACUCUUUUCCAAUUAUAUUGACAUUGGGUUAAAUUGCUUAAUAUCUAAUGGCUAAUCUCUAGUCAAUUUAUUAGAUCUAGUUUGACUAAUUUUAAACCCGAAAUUUCUUAAUACCUAAUGUUUUUAACACCUGGGAUUUGAAGACUAAAUUGUGUGGGGCACUUAUCGGUUUAAGCCUUAUCAACCCAUAUUCGGCUCACUGCUGAGCUCGAGUCUCCUCUCAGUAUGAGAGGGGUUGGGCCAGGUUAAGCCGUUUACCAUUAAUAAAUAAUUUAAUACAUGUAUAUUACCUAUUUUCUUUAAUAAUAAUUUAAUAGGCAUGAGAGAAAGUUCAGUUGUUUUUGGACAAUCGCCGCAUGCGUCGAUCCUUACUAAGAAAUCUAAUCUUGCUGAAACUGGUUUGAACCAUAAGAUUAUAUGAUUGAUUAGUAUUAUAGAUACGCAUUUCUUUGUAUUGUUGUCAAUUGCUUUUAUCUUAUAAUACGAUCAACAUGAUUGAGUAAAAACACUCGGACUUGAGAUUAUUUACUUAGUUAUUCACCAUAAUAUCAAAAACAAAAGAAAUAGAAACAUAUGAGAUCAGAGUGCCUAGUGGGAGUUUCAAUGUUUUCAUACUGUGACGAUCGCUUAAACGUAAACGCGAAUUUAUUAGGAAUUGAAACAGUUGUGCAGCAUUGCCACUAGAUGGCGCUGUUUCAAUUCCUUAGAAAUUCUGGUUUACGGUUACACGAUAGUCACAGUAUGAAAACAUUGAAAAUUGUCAGAGCUAUCACUAUUUGUCAGUUUUUAAACCAUUUGUCAGAUCAUUAACACUAAACUGUCUACAGAUCUUACAUCUGUGGUCUAUGUAAGCUUAUACAUCGUCUAUUUGAUAAGUGGGUGUUAAAGAAAUUAACGUCACUUAGGGUGAUAAAACUUGUUACUUAUGCAGUCAUUGACCUCUGACACAAAGGUCAUGGCCAAGCAGAAAAUGAGCUGUAUCUAUUCCCACAGGUAGUUAAAUGUUAGCCUAAUCAAUUAUGCCUCAAUAGCACACGAUUAAAGAGCUAGAAUCAAUUUGAGGGGUCUAAUGUUUGAUUAUCUCUCUAUGGACUAAUACGCUAGGUGUUCGUUCUUAGAAACAUACAAAAUGUUUUCGGAGUAAUACUUCUUUAACCACUUGGGGAGAAAGUUGGUGAAUGCGUUACGAAAAGUGUAAUCGGAGGCUCUUUAGUUGCGUGCUGCCAUCUAACACAGGCACAGUAAACAGUGUUUGUUAUUUCAAACUACCAGUAGAUGGCGUUCUCAGAGAACUUUGAAACAAUCUGUUUUUGUAAACUGCAAGAACCUGUUGCGAUGCAGUUAUGCCUGAGGCUCAGAGAUGGCGCUUUGUUUUUUUUAUUUUUUAAAGAAGUUUCUAGACGUGUGGUCUAAACAUUUCCCUUCACUUUAGUCGGAAAUAGUAUCUUUAGUGAGUAGGACAAUGGUCCAGCGUUGAGUCGAACUUCUUUACCUUAGACCUAUUAAAGAUUAUUUCCCUAAGAAUACUUAUUACAGAUCUAUUAAAAUUGUAUAAGUUUUAUAUUUUAUUAUAAUUAUGUGGUAAAUAUUAUCUGUCAAUCAGACAGAUCUGACCAUGCUAGCAGUAUGUACUCGUAUGAUUUAGGGUCUCUUAAUUUAAAAUUUUCCCUUUGAAGUGGGAUAAAUAUACUUAGCGAUAGAUGUGUUCUAGGAAUGAAGUUUUGUAAAAGAACAGUGUGCCUAGUGGGAGUUUUCAAUGUUUUCAUACUGUUACUAUCGCGUUAACGUUAACGCGAAUUUAUAUCAGUUGUGCAGUAGUACCACUAGAUGGCCCUGUUUCAAUUUCUUGGAAAUUCGCGUUUACGUUAACGUGAUCUUCACAGUAUCAAACUGCCACUACGCCCUCUGAUGUUUUUUACAGGUGAUUUUUUUUAAAUACCUUAUUACAAUAAUGGAUAAUGUAUUCUUACCACCUUGUAUUACAAAAUUAAUCGUUUAGUAGGAUUUGUUUUGAGAUUUUCUAUUAUUUUACAUAUGAUAUUUUUAGUGCGAACAUGAUUUUGUAUUCUCUAUAACAUUUAUUAACUGAAAUCCUACAUAAAUAUAUAACGCAUGUUUAAUUAAGUAAUUAUGUUAUAUAAAUAUGCUUUUCAAUAUAUAAAAUUAUUUUGGUUUGAGUAUAAAUGCUUGCAAUAAAAUGGAAGGUUGCCGAUUUGUUACCGGUGUACUAAAUAACGCUUACUAGAUCGUCUCGGAGUACAAGUAAGAAAUGCCAGUGACCACAAAUACUUUUUUUAUUUAGUAGGCUCGGCGCAAACCGGCCACUGACCACAUCCAGUGGUUGUCGCGCGUCAACACAGUGUUGGAACCGCCUACAAAGUGAACAGUUUUGGUUUAAUUUGGGAUUUUGAAGUCGGUUAAUUUUUUUUUGUUUUUAGUGUGUCCUAGCAUUUAAUUUUCAUAAAUUUUCAUGAAAAUUAAAUGGGACCAAUCUGGAAGAAUACUCUUUCAAACAAAAAAAUGAUUUUUAAAAUUAAAAAAAUAAAACGUGCAGAAUUGAGAAUUUCCUCCUAUUUUGCAGUUGGUUAAAAAGUAUCAACAACAAUGUAAUGUCAACUGUUUGUCGUUGUCGCUGUCGCUAAAAGUCGUGCCGAUCAGAGAUUGCGUUUCUGACACCUGUCAAUGUCACCUUUUUAUAUUUGUUUACAUAAUUAAUUGUUAAUAAUUUUAGCCCUAAAUUAAAACUUUUAUUGUAAGUUUGCAUUAUUAUUAAAUUUUUAACCUUAUUAAGGUCAAUAAAAGUUACAUAGCCCAUUCGAUCACGACCUGUUAGAAACGUAAUCUCAGAGCGGUCGGACUUUAGCUAUAUGUGGUCGGUGGCUCGUUUGCGCCGUGCCUAAUUUAUCCAGAGUGGUGGGUGCUAAAGUGACGGUUGUGUGUGAUGAAACAUUUUAUUUUGUAAUGAAUAGUAUUUAACUCCAAGCGUGACUUAUGAAACGAAACCUGUUCGAUAUAGAUUUUGAUACAAUACGAAACUGGUACUUCUAUAACAUUUCAAAGGCGCUAUUAUUAUAAGCAAUUAGAAUUUGAACUAUAUCGAACCAGUUUCGUCUACAUGUGAAAAUAAUACUAAUAAAUUGUAGUUAUUGUUUUACAUAUCGUUUUGAAUUUUGAUAUAUUACUGUCUGUAAUUUCGUCAUCCUACAUUGAUUGUAAGGCUGCCUGUCCACCGGAGCGUAGCGGAGAAACGAACUAAUGCGGAGCGGAGUGCUUCGAACGGCUCUCUAAGCCGAGGUCCGAGUCUCAGAGGAGACGCCCUUAGAGAGUCGUUCCGCCCAUCUACUCUGCUUCUGCCUUCGGGCCACUUACACAAUCAGAGAAAAAAAGGAGCGCAGUUGCGUACUGUGUCUGUCCACCGGAGAGGAUCGAGACUAAAUUUUAAAUAAAUAAAUGUCAAAUUUAUUUAACCCCGCUUGAUUCUCUGCUUAGCGAUUAUAUAUGAAUAUUAAAACUACCUCGCAAGUCCGUCUACAUAGAGGGCGGAGAUUUUAUGCAAUCCUAUUGGUUAAUAUUUCUGCGUUUCUCGACUCCGCUGCCUCGGCUCCGCUUCGGUGGACUGGCAGCCUAACAGCGUACUAUUUUGAAUUUUGUAAACGAUUUUGAAGUUUGCAUUGUAGGUAAUUCUUAAAACAUAUCUACUAACUUGUUGAUAUUAUGUAGUAACAAUUAUGCACAUACAAACAAACGCACUUUGGCUCAAUGGUUAAUAAUUAAGUUGUGGGAUUGAUCCCCCAAAGGGCGAAAACGCUUAAACGUAGCAAUAUUUACUAGAGCAUUUGAAGUUAAGUAUGUUAAUAGUCAAUCUAUUCUGUGAAGACAGUUUUGCUUUGCAUGUGUUGGUAAGAUAUCAGACGAAGCGCGUUUUUGCAUAAACUGAAGGUAUGUUUCGUUACGCGGGCUACAGACUUUCCGUUUUAACUGUACAGUGUGCCAAGUGGGAGUUUUUCAAUAUUUUCAAACUGUUACUAUCACGUUCACGUAAACGCAAAUUUCUAAGGAAUUGAAACAGCGCCAUCUAGUGGCAGUACAGCACAACAGUUUCAAUUCCAUAUAAAUUCGCGUUUACGUCAACGCGAUAGUAACAGUAUGAAAAUAUUGAAAACUCCCACUAGGCACACUGUUCUCAGCUAAAACUGCUGGACUGUAGUCCGCAUACAGAAUGUUUUUUUAGUUUUCACACCAACGCACUGUCUACUGUCAAACUCUUAUUUGUACAACUUACUAGUACAUGCAAAGCUGAACAUACUUCCAAAAAUAGAUAAACUAUACUGUACGUUUUUUGUUUGUCGGGCAAAGUGCUAACCUCAAACGAUUCACGUUAUGAGGCGUGCUAUAUGUAUACUAUAGGCAAAUUUCACAACCGAGUCCUCCUCGUGGUUAACGGAUGUGGGGUAUGACGUCAGAGUAAGAGGAUAGUAAAAGAGGGGCUUCUUUAUUAGUUCUGUAGAUUAAUUAACAAGCGUAGACGAGGACUGUGGUGUGUUAUAAUGGUAUUCAUAAAUCUUAUAGGGAACCUCCCAGGGGAUCAUUCACCCGCUGAGUGUCAAAUUCUCAAAUAAAUAGUGGUUAAAUUCGACACUCAGCGGCUGAAUGAUACCCUGGGGGUGCCAGUACAACGUCUAUGAAUUCCACUGUUAGUCCAGGAUCCGGGGAACAUUUUUACUAUUGAUUAUAUCAAGCUAAUUUCCGUGAGUAGCUUCUUCUAUACCUUUCUUUUACAAAAAAUGUUAGGUUGUGGGAGAUGACAGAGGUAGCAGAGAAUAAAAAUUUCUGAGCGUCUCUGACCAGAAUAACAUGUGACGCAAAUUUUUGGACAAUGUAAUAAUUGUGUAUAAAGUACCAAUGUAACAUAAUUGAAAAGUAAAAAAUCUUCAAGUUAGUUUAAUGACCUUCUUCCUCCCAAAAUAUAUCGAUAAUGUAACUAACUAACUGUUCUGUUUUAUUGUUUAUACAUUUGAAUAGUAUAUUGCCCUACAAAUUGCAUGGUACUUUAUCCCGACCUUAGCUUAGUUUUUGCUUGCUACCCAUGUCAGCGACCACAAUUAUUGGGAAUCUUGGUAAAGGAAACGAAUAGGCGUCCCUUCAACAUCAUGUUAUGGGACGCCCAUCUGUUCCUACUCAUGGAAAAUUUGCUUGAUGGUAUAGAUCAACUGUAAGAAAAAGUUCCCGGAUCCUGGACUAUGCGGUUUGCCUAUAGUUUGCAUACCAGUAUGUUGGGAUAACUCGAAAAUGGCAUGCAAAUAUUUUAUAAAUGUAUAAACGACUGUGUUGCCAUUUUUUACUAUCCAAAUAAGACGAGUCUAGGAAAACCUGACUUAAUGCGUAUAUUAAAUUUUAGCAAUUUUAAGCUGGUUUACAUCAACAAUUUUGAAUUAAUUAUAACUAUUAAUUAAUUAGGAUUAUAGUUAGUACAAAUCUUUAGUCGUUGCAAUAAUAUUUUCAUGUUCCACAAUAAAAUGUAAGGUAUGGAAUGGUUGUAAGUUAAUGUUGGUUUUGUGGAUUUUUCAUACAAUCGUCUAUCUAGCUUAGGCGUCUUUUGAAGGUACUCCUCAAUUAAUCUCUUAGGCCUAUUUCGAACUACUUUAGAAUUUUAGUCGAAUACGAACAAUUUUUGGAUUUACCGCCCAAAAUUUGUUCGCACUUGACUAAAAUACUAAUGUAGUCUGUACGGCCUACUAUGCAUAGUUCGGACUACUUUAGUAUUUUAGUCGAGUAUGAACGGUUUUUGGAUUUACCCUUCUGUUUAUUAAAUUUAUAUUUAACCUUGAUAAUGAAGACCAAAAUAGUAAAUAGGUCAAUGGAUCUGCUUAACAACUACAUUUGUUAAAAAUAUGUCAAAUGAAUGAUAAAUAGAAAAACUGUCACUUUGACGAAGAUUGAUUUCAAUUGGCUGUCAAACAGAUUCGAUCAAGUUACAUAAUUGCCCCCCAGGUCGGUCAUCUGCUUUAUCUGACUAUUAUGACAACAAUUGAUUUGGUACCAUAUUCGAGUACGUCGUAUAGAUGCCUACGCUGGAGAAACGUGUGUGUGAAAUAUGAAGGUGAUUUUAAGGUUGUAGUGUGUUUCCAUACUUCAUACGUUAGAAAUAUUAAUAACUAAACAAUAGAAAUGGCGGGCACUGCAGAGUGCCUAGUGGGACUUUUCAAUGUUUUCAUACUGUGACGAUCGCGUAAACGUAAACGCGAAUUUAUAUGGAAUUGAAACAGUUGUGCAGUAGUGCCACUAGAUGGCGCGUUUACGUUUACGCGAUAGUCACAGUACCUAUGAAACUGCCACUAGGCAAUCUUGUCACUGUGCAUGUAGUAACUUUCGACAACAUUGCGUCUUGCGUUUGAUAACACCUAGAGUAUGUUGUUGUAUAAAAAGAAAUGUAAAUCAUACGGCACUUGACACUAUUGAGCCAGUUAUUUGUCGGCGACUACAUCUCAUAGUUUGGAGUGUAAAAUUUCUAUUGCGUUGUUAUUAAAAAUUCUGCUUCAUACCAAUGCAUAUGGUGCCAAUACAACAUUAAUUAUAAUGUUUAAUUCUUCCAAAUUUAUUUUACUCAACUGCCUAAAUACAAUAAAUACUUACCAUUUUUUAAGAUGCCUUAAAUUUUUUUAUUGAUAAAAAACAACUUACAGUUAAUAUUAAACGAGUAGCUAACUUAAGCGUAAGUCAUUAAAUUAUUUCUACUCUUGCUUUUAGGCUUAUUAAUAGAGUACUCCAGGAGCCGGAGGACAUUUUUACAAUUGGUUACUAUCAAGCUUUUCCGUGACUAGAUUCAUUUUAUUCGUUCACAAUUUUUCCUUUAUCAAAGUUCUCGAUUGUUAUAAUCAAAUCAAAUCAAUAAUCAUUUAUUUUAAUUAGGCUUAGUUUAUAAGCACUUUGAAACGUCAGGUUUAAAUUAGUCGAAAAGUUACGAGGGUUCCAAACCAGCCCACCAUAAACUCAACCAGGUUUCCCUUUUUUAGUUUAUCAUCAUUUACAAUAGGUAUAUAUUAGUAUAAAUAAGUAACCUGUCAUGUAAUGCAUUUCAUUUCCAAGCAAUUUUGUCUUUUGUGUUGCUAAACUUCCUUCAAAUUGUCGAUAAUGAGGUUAAAAAAUUUUUGGCUGUGUUUAUUUAAAAAAAAUAUUACUAAGCACCAUAUAUUUUUUUACUGGUGCCUAAUAAAGACACAUUGCCUUUAAUGUGUGUUACGUUGUCCCAGUCUUAAGCUCAGAAAUGGUAAUGCUAGAAUUUACAAUUAGUUGAACUUGACGUUUAAAAAAUUGCUCAUAAAGUAAACCUACUUGAAAACGAAUUUUGAAUAGUUACUGUCCCUGCUUUUGUAACUAAAAAAAAUUGGACGUGUCAUAAAUAUAAAGUUACUCACUGAAAAUUAGCUCGACAGGAAUCUAUUGUAAAAAUGUAGCCCCGAUCCUGGACUAGAGCAGAUUAUUUGAAAUUAAUGACUAGUGCAGUGGCAAGAUAAAAAUUGAUUGUGGGCAUGCCUUGCUAACAUUCAAUUUUUGAAUGAAUCAUUUAGCGAGGUCCUCUGGUACCUACCCCUGACAUUAAAACUUGAAUGAAGUUCUAAUGGUUCUAAAAGUGUUCAUUUACACGAGCGACAGCUGCUACCGACGACUGCAGUCGACUCUCGGCGGCGGUCGCCGACUGCUGUUGGCUGCCGCCGAGACGUCGCUGACUGUAGUCGGCGACCACCGUCGACUGCCGCCGAGACGUCGCUGACUGCCUCAGACCAAUUAUAUAAAUAUAUUAACCUAUAUCGCACAUGUCAUAGUCACGAACAAAAUUGUCUGUCAUUUUCCGAGGAAAACGAGCUUAGAUUUUGUAUGUAUCUUAUACUAAACUAGAAGUUUUUGCCCGUUUUUUACAUAAUUCAAUUACACAUAAAGGUAUUUUUGCGGAGGUCUUUAACCGACGAACACGAUUACAACUAUUUAACAUCGAUUCUAUAGAGACAGUUUUUAUAAUCGCAUUAGAUCGUUGAUCAUAUACUUUGACAGAAUAGUAACGUCUAGCGAGGCAGGUCCUAUACAAUAAUUGGUCUGAGCUGACUGCAGACAACUGAGGUCGUCGGUAGAGUUGCUCGUGUAAAUGAAUCCUAAGCCAUCGUUUUUAAACACUUUAAUAAGUGGCACUUAUAAAAUCAAUAAAAAAUAUCUCCCUAAAAUGCUAGUUAGUUUCUUUAGUUAUUUUGAUUCUUGUCUAUAACAAGGUAUUUUUUGUCUUUUAAAUAAUACAUAGGUAUUUUAUAUUAUAUUAUUAUUACUAUUAUUAUUAUUAUUCUGAAUAGGUACAAUGAAAUCAAACGAAUUUUUAUACAAAUAUUAAUUUCCGAUUUUGACAGUUUUCUUUUAGAUUUAAGUUACAAUAAUAUACCUAGUUUUUGUGUACCUUAGUUUAGUCAAUAUGUGUACUAUUAAUUUUAAUUUAAAAACAUUAUUCAAUGUAAAGCUGCCAAUGGAAAGUCAGCCAGAAAACUUUUGCCAUGUUAGUAUGUGUAGAUGAUUAGUGUUUAUUUUUUUUUAAAGUUAUUUGCGUAUUUUAUGAAACCUGUGUUAUUUAUUAAUUUUGUAUAAUAUGCUUAAUAUUGAGAAAUUAUUUGAAUUUAAAAUAAUAAACAGAGUUUGAUGAUAAUGCACAAUUGUUGGAAAUAGUAGAUCAUAUUAUUUAUAUAAAAUAGACCUUAUAUCUGUAAAAAUGGCACAAUCAUCUGUGCUAAUUGAAAUAAAUAAAAUUGGCAAAA